AUGUUCACCUGUUUUGAAUUGUGGAAGUUACUAUCUCACCUGAUAUUUAAAUUGCUUAAUUCUUUGAAAAAUCUCACAAGAUUAUCGGGCUGGCUGGUCUUCUGUUAUUGGUUUUAUUUCCGACUGUUAACAUUUUACUUUGUUUCACAGUAUUCAACGAAGUAUACACAUAAGCUAGCGCAUAAGGAAGGGAUUUGGUGUUGUACAUGGGGUGAAAACCAAUACCGAAAUAAGCAGUACAUUAUUACUGGUUCUUUGGAUAAUAGUCUAAUUGCUUGGGAAUGGACGAAUGACCGGCUGAAAUCUCUGUAUCGAUUCGAAGGACAUAGACUCGGUGUGAUAUCAGUGGAUAUAAAUUCUACGGGCACAUUGGCAGCAUCCAGCAGUUUGGAUAGCCAAAUUUUAUUAUGGGAUCUUGAAACAGGAACACUAACUAAAACUUAUGAUGGUGAUCCAGCCGAUACAUGGACUGUAGCCUUUUCACCUGACUCCCGUUUCUUAGCUACAGGAAGUCACACAGGAUGUGUUAAUAUGAUCAAUGUACAAACUGCAGAAAAAGAAAGUUCAAUUCAGUUAGAGGGAAAAUUUGUGUACAGCCUUGCUUACAGUUCUGAUGGGUCUAAACUGGCUGCUGGCACAAUUAAUGGACUUGUUAGUAUUUGUGACUUGAAAACUGGGAAUGUUCAAUUUUUAGAUGGGCAUGCUACACCUGUACGAUCAGUUUCUUUUUCACCUGAUGGACAUCUACUAGCUUCAGCAUCAGAUGAUAAACAGAUCAAGGUUUUUGACAUACGUGAUGGUCGACUAGUCAUACCAAGCUUCAAUGGUCAUAAAGGAUGGGUUAUGUCUGUAGAUUUUGCCCCAGACAAUCGGCACUUAGUUACUGCAUCAACCGACUGUUCCGUUCGCAUAUGGGAUCUGGCAUCAAAAGAAGAAAAACAGUGUUUAAAUGCACACGAAGAUCAGGUUUGGUGCGCCCGGUAUAGUCCCAGAGGAAAAAAUAUUAUAUCUGUUGGGGAUGAUAGAUCCAUAUUGAUCUAUCAAUGCGCUUAA